AUGGGGACGAAUGAUGAUAUACCAACAUUAGUUGUUCUCGUCUUGGGUGAUUCGAGUGUCGGCAAGACAUCAUUUGUGCAUAUGGUUUGUCAUGAUCAACCACUAUCAUCACCACCGCCUGUCACUGUCGGUUGUCAUAUUGAGAUCAAGUUAUAUGAACGACGUGAUCGACAUCAAAAUCCGAACCUGUAUUUUAUUGAGUUUCAUGACGUUGGAGGAAGUGUUCAACAUAAAAACAGUCGAUCAUCGAUGUUUUACGACGAAUUCAGUGGAAUUAUUCUUGUUUCGGAUUUAACUAGUCGACAAUCAUAUGAUAAUCUCAAAGAAUGGCUAUAUGAGGUCAUUCGCUAUCGAUCUCAACAGAAACUUCCAAAGGAUUUCACACCUGAAAUCUUACAAAACUUCGAUGUACCAAUUCUACUGAUACACACGAAGUUCGACGAGUCGAAUGGAACAUCUUUGUUAAACAGUAGUAAAUCAGCCAGUUCGGAUUUAGCGUCAACAAGUAGUUUAUUACCGAAUUAUAAUCGCAAAUCUUCAUUAGCAAAUUUAUUCAAUUGUGAUGAAAUUUUCGUUAAUUGUUAUUCUAACAAACGUUUCUCUGUGGAUACGCAUAACGUUGCGAAAUUGAAUUCAUUCUUCGAAAAAAUGAUUAAAAAAGUGUCAAUCGAACAUACCGAACCAAUACAAAAAUACGAUUGGUUUGCUUCGGAAAAUCAUUAUAUUCAUUGA